AGUUGUCCUGCCUUGUUGUUUGCUCACACUGGACCUUGGCUAGUAGCUCUGGAAACAGUCUUCAUGGAGAAGUAUAUAGUUCAACAGCUGAUAGACUUCAUCUGGAUGUCAGCUUGCUCUACACUUGAUCAUGACAAGGAAUUGGUGCACAUGAGAAAAGCAGCACACACGAUGGGAGUCAGAAGUGCACAUGAUAGUGUAAGUGACUUAUCCUGGGGAUUAGAGCUAGAGUAUGAAUGGAAAGGAAUGGUACAUCAUCCUAUAAGGGCCACAUAUGAGCAGUCUUUGGAACAAAAUGCUUCCUGCAUAACUUACCUGGUGAAGACAAAGGAGGACAACCCAAUCAAUGUUGUUAUAAAGUUCAUCACCAGGUAUGGUAAGGACAUCCACAAUAUGAUAGUGGAAGCUGGGUUUGUGCCAAAGCUUUUGUAUCAUGGAAAAUUUGAUAUUGUAGAGGGGAUGCCAUUAUAUGGCACCCUGCAGAUGGUAGUAAUGGAAUAUGUGGACAAAAUAACAGCCUAUAGUUCACCACAACUGCCUCCCAGCCUUCACCAAGAGCUCAUGAAGGUGAUUGAGUAUUGUCAUGGGAAGGGUUUUGCAUUUGGUAAUCUUCAGAAGCCAAAUGUCAUGAUCACAAAGGAUGGCAAAGUGCAACUGAUUGAUUUUGACUGGGCUGAAUGUGAAGGCAAGGUCACAUAUCCUGUAUCUAUCUCUCCUGCUAUUGACUGGCCAGAGGGGGUGCAAGAAUUAGGGCCUAUAUUGAAACAACAUGAUCAUGAUAUGCUAGUGUGCUACCACAAUUAG